UUUAUACUUGUGUUUUCGCCUACACGUCGGCUGCGCUGCGCACGCGAACAAACCGCUGCACAAGCGCUGCUCGGAAGCGCAUACGACAGAGCCGCAGCGGCAGUGCGCAGCACGAAGUAUGGAGUGGAAUGUGAGGCAGUCCUAGAACGAAGGAUACUCGUACGAAGGCAAGCAGCGAUAUGACGCCGGCAAGCGAGUGGUGGCUCUUCGACACACGGCACGUGUUGUUUUUGCUUGCCGGCUCGGCGGCCGCAUGCUGCGUCCUCCUCAUCGCCUGGAAGGUGGCGCAGAUGGUCCGCAUCGCGCGGAAGCGCCAACUGCUCGCCAAACACGUCCAGGACGGGUACGUCUUCCUCGGUGAGACCAACGUGGCUCUGGAGUACAGCUGCCUGGAGAACGACACGCGCCACUACCGGCUUCUGGAGGCUGCGCAAACGUUGUGAUAACAGACAGUGUCGCUACGCGCGCCUUGGCUCACCCAAAUGACUGUCUCUCGUGGGCGCUGAACGCGCUCGGGAGCAAUGCUGGCCAGUCACUGCCCUUGCAGGGUAACCGCAGCAAGAAAGGAAUCGCUGGUCGGCCUUAUGUUGUCAGCGGUUUGAACUUGGAAGCAAACAGUAGUUGACAGUAGCGGCUAAUCCGAAGUGUUACUGCGUCAGCCACUGCAGCAGUUGAAAGCCGCCUAUAUAUAACCAUGCGCCCAAAGGAAGCCGCUGCGAUACUUCUCCUCCUAAACCUUCGACUAGACAAACUACGCGUGAUUUACAUUUCAUUGUAUACCAAUGUCUCUCAAGAGUAAACGGAACAUGAUUCU